GCAACGACAGCGCCGAGAAGACUUCAAUUGCGUUCUCCAUCUUCCCUUCUCUUUGGCCCUUUCACCAGAGAAAUAGGGAGCUCAACGCCAUGGCAGGACAAGCUGUUCUGUCAGCCUUCAUGCAGGUGCUCUUUGAGAAGGUGAUCACCGCUGCCGUCGACGAGUUCAGAUUGCUUCGAGGUGUCCGUGGCGAGCUACAAAACCUGGCGACCACUCUGUCGACGAUCCAAGCCCUGCUUGAAGAUGCAGAGGAGAAGCAAUUGCAGGACAAGUCAGUGAGGCACUGGCUGGCCAAGCUCAAGGAUGUGGCCUACGACAUGGAUGAGUUGCUGGACGAGUGCGCAGCGGCAAAGAUCAGGUGGGAGAUGGAGAGUAGAGCUCGGAGAUGCAGCUGGAAGAUGCAGGUCAGUGGUUGCUUCUCCGAUUCUUGUUGGCACAGGAGCUCGUAUCACUACAACUUAGCACACAGAACAAAAGCAGUCCAAGAAAGAUUUGAUAGGAUCGCAACGGAGCGGCACAAUCUGGGCCUUCAAGUAUCAGGUGGGAUAAGUCAACUUCAGAUCACAGAGCGGCCGCAGACGAGCUCACUGGAGGAUGAUCUAAAGGUGUUAGGCAGGGAAGAAGACAGAGAGGCUCUCAUAAGCAUGUUGCUCUCUGCCAAUAAUUCAAGCCACACUGUCACCGUCCUCCCCAUCAUUGGCAUGGGAGGGCUUGGAAAGACCACUCUCGCUAAAUCUGUCUAUAACGAUCACAGGAUCAAGCAGCACUUCCAAUUGCGUAUGUGGGUGUGCGUCUCCGAGAACUUCGACGAGACCAAGCUGACGAAAGAGACACUGGAGUCCGCAACCAGGGAAUUCUACGCCACCACCACAAACAUGACCUUGAUCCAAGAGGACCUCUUUGAACAGUUGCAGGGGAAGCGCUUCCUGCUCGUUCUAGACGAUGUGUGGAACGAGGAUCCUAUCAAGUGGUAUAGAUAUCGAAAUGCCAUCAUCGGUGGGGAACGAGGAAGUAAAAUCUUGGUGACGACCCGGAACGAGAACGUGGGACGGAUCAUGGGCGGCUGGCCUUCGUACCGGCUGAAACAACUCUCAGAUGAUGACUGCUGGGAAUUGUUCAGGAACUACGCGUUUGUGGGUGGGAAUUCGAGCACACACCCGAAUCUUGAGAAGAUAGGUAAGAUGAUAGUGAAGAACUUGAAGGGAUUGCCUCUCGCAGCUAUGGCAAUUGGGAGCUUGCUGUUCUCCAAGCUUGAGGAAGAAGAGUGGAAGAGCAUCUUGAGGAGUGAGAUCUGGGAGUUGCCGGCGGACAAGAACAACAUCUUACCAGCUCUAAGGUUGAGCUACAAGCAAUUGCCUUCUCAUCUGAAGCAGUGUUUCGUGUUCUGCUCUGUGUUUCACAAGGACUUCGUCUUCGACAAGGAUAGACUGGUGAAGACAUGGAUGGCGCUGGGCUUCAUCCAGCCGAUGGGAGGCAAACGGAUGGAGGACAUCGGCAGCAGCUACUUCGAUGAGCUUGUCAGCAGAUCCUUCUUCCAGUCUCACAAGGGGUACUACGUGAUGCAUGAUGCCAUCCAUGACCUGGCGCAGUCUCUGUCCGUGGAAGAAUGCCACCGGCUGGAGUGUGGCCUCAGAAACGUCGGCCUGGAGAAGAAGAUUCGUCAUCUAUCAUUCUCGUGUACUCAUUCGAUGGCAACUUCAGUUGAGAGCUUCUUCAAGUUCAAGAAACUACGUUCACUUCUGUUGCUGAAAGGGUACAAGUCCAGGACGGGUGGCAUCCCCGAUGAGCUCUUUCUGAGACUAAAAUGCCUGCGUGUGUUGAAGCUGCGCCGAAGAGACAUCGAAGAGCUACCGAAAUCGAUCGGAAGUUUGAUCCAGCUCCGGUACUUGGACCUCGCAAAUACGGGUAUCAGAACACUGCCCCAAUCGAUCAGUAAGCUAUAUAAUCUACAGACAUUGAUCCUAAGGAACUGCAAUUUCCUAACCGAGAUACCUCGUGGUAUCACCAAUCUGAUCCAUCUGCGACAUCUCGAAGCAACCAGCACGUUGAUCUCUGGAAUAGCUGGAUUAGGAUGUCUAACCUGCCUUCAAGAAUUAGAACGAUUCAUCGUCCGCAAGGAUGAUGGAUUCAAGAUAACGGAGCUGCAAGACAUGAAUGAGCUUCGAGGACAUCUGUGCAUCCAGAAUCUGGAGAGUGUGGUCGACAGGAAGGAGGCCGGUGAGGCUAAUUUACAUGCCAAGGAGCACCUCAGUUUUCUCAGUCUGGAAUGGACAAAGGACAGAGACCUUGUUCUCGAAGAUGAGAUCCUCUGCGAGGAGGAGGUGCUCGAAGACCUCCAACCACACCAUGAACUGAGAGAGCUGAAGGUCAUGGGCUAUGCAGGUACCAAGCUCCCAAGUUGGAUAGGCAACCCAUCAUUUUGCUACCUGGAGACCAUUCAUCUCUCCAACUUGAUGAGGUGCAAACACCUUCCACCUCUCGGACAGCUGCCAUUGCUCAGAUAUCUGGACAUUGGAGGAGUGCCUGGAUUGGUAAGAAUUGGUCAAGAGUUCCAUGGCAGAGGUGACAUCAAGGGAUUCCCAUCAUUGAUUGAACUGGUACUUGAGGAUAUGCCAGCUCUGGAAGAAUGGGUGUGCUCAGAUGAUGAUGAGUUGCUCCCUUGCCUCACUGAUCUUGGAAUCGAGGACUGUUCUAACCUGAGAGAACUGCCCUGCCUUCCUCCAACUAUAGAAAGGCUCAGAAUCUCUGGUGUGGGGAUUACUACUCUGCCAGACCUGCGUGGUUCAAACUGCCAGUUCUCAUCCUUAAAUGUGUAUGACUGUCCUAACUUAACAUCCUUGCAGAAAGGAUUGCUUGGGCAACAACUGAAGGCCAUUGAGCAAUUAGCAAUCGUAGACUGUGAAGAGCUUAUCUUGCUGCCCCAAGAAGGCUUCAAAGACCUUGUUUCACUCAAGAGCCUCAGCAUCUACAACUGUCCAAAGCUCGUGCCUUUGGAAGAUGACAAAAGACUUCUUCCGAGAUCGCUCACAGAAUUGCGAAUCAGCUCAUGCUCCAAACUGAUCAACAGACUGCUUGCAGACUGUAAAGAUUUGGCUUCUCUUAAGCAUCUGCGGGUCACCGACUGCGCAGACCUCUACCGUUUCCCCGAGGAAGGACUUCCCACCGCGCUCGAAUCUUUAGGAGUUUUUCGCUGCUACAAUCUCCUCCUUCUGCCUGCUAAGCUGCAGGAGCUCCACUCCCUGAAGUCUAUGGUGAUUGACAACUGUCACCAGGUGCAGUGCUCGCCAGAGGAGGGCCUUCCCAUGGAGCUGAAAGACCUACUCGUCUGUGGAUGCCCUUUGCUGCAAGAGUAUUGUCUUGGGGACGGUGCAGCAGGUCGGCAUCAGUUGAUGCACAUCCCUAGGGUUCAAUUUGAUGAUGUACUUCUCAGGAACUGACGAUGGAGAUGGUGAUCCUGCGAUGCACGAUCCAUUUGAUGAUGUACAAUUUGGGCUUUCUCCUCAUGUUAAGCCCAUUUGGGCCCAAAUUAAUUUAACCAUGUUGAGC